AUGUGGCUUCGCCAUGUGAUGGCGUAUCGACGACCGUCAUAUGAAGAUGUUAUUGCCAAUGUCCAUCAUGCUAAAAUUGCUACCACACAUUACCAUCUAUUGAAUAGUCAUCCGUCAAAGGUAUCGCUAAUACUAUCAGAAAAACCGGGAAAGAAUCCAAGAGGAUGGAUUUUGCUCAGUUCUUUUGGUGUAUUAACUUUUAUUGGAGGCGCAUCACUGCUGAAGCAUAUUAUUGGAAUAGGACAUGCUGAUACAAGAAAUAAUAUGAAAAUUGAAGUGAGAAGUGAUUUACCCUUUUAUGAAUUGGAAGAAGUAAAAAAACAUGGAAAAGAUGCCGAAAGUAUUUGGGUUACUUUCCAAAGGGGUGUCUAUGAUAUUACAAAUUUCGUUCAAAGUCAUCCGGGCGGUGAUAAGAUACUUCUAGCCGCAGGUGGUCCUAUUGAUCCAUAUUGGAAAAUCUAUCAGCAACAUCUAACACCGGAGACACUCGAAAUAUUAGAGGAGUUAAGAAUUGGCAAUUUAAAUGAAAGAGAUAUCAUAGUCAUCAAACCAAAGAAUGAAAACGAUCCGUAUCGUGAUGAUCCAAAACGUCAUCCAGCAUUGGUUGUGAAGUCCGAAAAACCAUUCAAUGCUGAAACACCGACCGAAUUAUUAACGGAUAAUUUUUACACACCCAAUGACCUAUUUUAUGUUCGAAAUCAUAUGCCAGUGCCAGUUAUUGACGCUAAAAAACAUAAAUUAAUAAUCGAAGGUAUAUCUGUUCAACAACCUCUUACUCUUUCUCUGAAUGAUCUCAAAAGCAAAUUUCCGCGCGUAUCCGUUAACGCCACAUUGCAAUGCGCCGGUAAUCGACGCAGUGAAAUGAACGCAACAAAAAAAGUUCAAGGAUUGAAUUGGAAGAGUACGGCAAUAGGUAAUGCAAAAUGGACCGGUGUACCACUAAAGGAUGUUCUGAUGAAAGCAGGAAUAAAUCCGGAUGAUAAACGUAUCAAGCAUGUUAUAUUUCGUGGAGCCGAUAUGGAUAGUGAGGGUAACAAUUAUGAAACAUCAAUAACAUUCGAAAAAGCUAUGCAAAGUGAAGUUAUCAUUGCAUACGAGAUGAAUGACGAAGAGAUCCCGCGAGAUCAUGGAUAUCCAAUGCGAUUGAUUGCUCCGGGAAUUGUUGGCGCACGUCAAGUGAAAUUUCUUUCCUCAAUAAUUCUUAGCGAAGAGGAAAGUAAAUCACAUUGGCAGAGAAGAGAUUAUAGAGGUCUUCCACCAUUUAUUGGUCCAACAGAUCAUCAAAAUUUCGAAUUGUCACCUUCGAUACAAGACUAUCCAGUGCAAAGUGCUUUUUGUUAUCCAUCUGCGCCAACAAAACUAUCACGCUCAAGUGGUCAAUUCGACGUGAUGGGUUAUGCUUGGAGUGGUGGUGGACGUGGUAUAAUACGUGUGGAAGUAUCAGCAGAUGGUGGUGAAACGUGGCAAGCUGCUCAGCUAGUGCAGGAUCCUGAUCAAGAUAUUGAUCAUAUGUGGUCAUGGACACUUUUUAAAUCAACAAUAAAAAUUCCGGAUGGUGUGAAAAAGUUAGAUUUGGUAUGCAAAGCAACCGAUCGCUCCUAUAAUACACAACCGGAAACAUCCCGAGGAAUUUGGAACAUUCGUGGUUUGCUUAACAAUGCAUGGCAUCAUGUCCCGAUUGAAAUUACCGACGACUGA